UACGUCGAUGACACCCUGACCGUAAUGCCUGAUAGGGUGACCGCUGGCCAGUUUCUAGACACCCUUAACUCUACCCAUCCCUCCCUCCAGUUUACCAUGGAAGUCGAACGGGAAGGAUCCCUUCCCUUUCUAGGAACUGAACUGCUUAACCGUGCACCAAAGAUUGAGAGCAAGGUCUACAUCAAAAGAACCAACACGGGUCUCCUUCUGCAUUUCCAGAGUCAUGUUGACAUUAAGUACAAGCGCAGCCUAGUUAACACCAUGGUGGAUCGCGCUUAUCGAUUAUCUUCUAACUGGUCUUUCUUCUCCGAGGAAUGUGACCGCCUUAGAGGGGUUUUUCAUAACUUGAAAUACCCAAAGCCACUGGUUGAAACUACAAUCAAGCGGUUCGUUGAGAGAAGGAUUUCAUCUGCAGAACCCUGUCCAUCACCAGACGUACCAUCGGAGACUGUGAGAUUAAUGUUACCCUUCAAGGACCAGUCGUCAGCUAAUCAUGUUAAACAACAACUGAACAGUCUAAGCUCGAAGUUAAGCGUGACUGUCCAACCAGUGUUCGUUAGCCCUAAGCUCGAUCAACAGCUUAAGCAACACGAAAUUAAGCCCCCUAUUGUUAACCAACAAUGUAUCGUUUAUGAAUUUAAAUGUAACCUGUGUGAUGCAGGGUAUGUGGGCUAUACUCGUGGUCACUUACACGAGCGCGUAGAAGGGCACAAAAGGAAAUCAUCUUCUAUCUACAAACACUACCACCUCCAGCACAAUAGUGAAAUGCCUGAACGCUUGAUCGAGCAAUUCAACGUCAUCACGAAAUGUAACGGCAAAUUUGAUUGCCUUGUUAAU